UUUUAUUUUUCAUUUGUAGUUUUCUUGUGAUUUUUUUGUGGGCUCUCAAGCGUGUUUAUGUGUAGGUUAAUGCACUAUUUCUUGGUUGUGGAGAUAUCAAACUCAAUCGAUGUUUUUUGAUUAAAAAAACAAAAAUUUCACCUAAUCUUCAGAAUAUCGAUGAGAUUUUAUUACAAUCAUUGCUUUAACCUUAAAAUCCUAAACUUAUGAAUUUUGCAUUUACCAUUUUUUUCCACCAAAAACUGAUAUUAAGACAAACCAGCCUGUAUAUUGUGAUACCGUAUACAUUAUUUACUGUAUUUAAUCCCCACGCCGCAGCGGCGCAGCCCACUCUCGUUUCUCGCUUCCCAGUUCAGCAGAGUGGGAGAGGGGAAAAAAAUGAAAAAUGGAAGAAAAUAUGUACUUUGCCAAAGAUGCAUAAACUGAUAAGCAUUAACAGAGAUUUUAUUAGUGUCUUCUUCUCAGAAGGGCAAGAUGAUUUCCUUUUCUCAAGAUCAAGAAUCACGUGUCCAGAAUCCUGCUUUUGAUGCCCUUUUCUGUGAGGAAGAAUGUUUUAAUGAAGAUUUGGGAGGUGGGUUUGGGUUCAACAAUUCAGAAAUUGGAGAUUUUGAUGAAAUUUCUAAAAAGCCCUUGGCUUUUCUGUUUGAGCAUGACCUGUUUUGGGAAAAUGAUGAGCUUGUGAGACUCUUGUCUAGGGAGAAAACACAGGCCCAUUUGAGUAUUGAUGGAAUAAAAUCUGAUGGGUCACUGAAAAUAAUGAGGAAAGAAGCUGUUAAGUGGAUCGCGAAGGUGAUUGCCCACUAUGGAUUCAAUGCGAAUACUGCUGUUUUAGCUGUGAAUUAUUAUGAUAGGUUUGUUACAAGCUCUUCUUUUCAGAAAGAGAAGCCAUGGAUGAGUCAAUUGGCUGCCGUAGCUUGUCUUUCUAUAGCUGCUAAGGUGGAGGAAACUCAAGUGCCUCUUCUGUUAGACCUUCAAGUGGAAGAAUCAAAAUAUGUGUUCGAUUCAAAGACUAUUCAGAAUAUGGAGCUUCUGGUGUUAUCUACUCUCCGGUGGAAUAUGAAUCCUGUGACUCCAAUUUCGUUCUGUGAUCACAUUGCAAGGAGAUUUGAAUUGAUGACUAACCUUCACUGGGAGUUUUUGACAAGGUGUGAGAGCCUGAUUCUCUCUAUUAUAAUCGAUCCUAGGCUUGUGCAUUAUCUUCCAUCUGUUAUAGCUGGUGCAACAAUGAUAUAUGUGAUUCGAGAAAUAGAACCAUGUAAUGCAAUGGAAUACCAAAAUCAGCUUAUGAGUGUGCUAAGAAUCAGCAAGGAAAGAAUUGAUGAUUGUGAUAAACUAAUCCUGGAGGUAUUGGAAGAUCAUGGCCACAGACCUUGCCAAAAGCGCAAACACAAAUCUACCAUAAGCAGUCCAAAAGGCAUUGUCGAUGCAUAUUUUUGCUCUGAUAGCUCUAAUGAUUCGUGGGCGGUAGGGUCAUCUAUUUCAUCUUCACUGGAACCUAUAUUUAAGAGAAGCAGAGUGUGUCUUUAGGUGUGGGUAGUAGUGUUCUCUUCAUUAUCCGCUAUGUGUUUUACUAUUACAAUUCAAUUAAAUUUUGUGACAUAUUAUAUUGCAUUGUUUCUGGCCAAAUCCAUGUGAUGAUCGGAAAUUUUUUGAACAGUUGCUCUUAACUUUGUGAUUCAUGGGGGAGAUUAAGAAUGGAAAGAUGGUUUUUGGAGUUA